ACCCGAUCCACAAAGGCUACUGCGCCGUGUAAAGUGUGAGACAGUGGUUGUAGCCGUCGCGAAGCUGAGCAGUUCACGGGAGCUGCAACUGAAAGAGUUAACAAUGAAGGCCCCUAUCCCUCCGUCCAGAGUGGUAGCAAUAACAAUAGCAAUAGCAAUAGCAUCCUUAUCCAUUGUUCCCUGUUCUUCGUGCCAAUGGCAGAUCCUCACCAAGCACAAUUUCUCUUCUCAAAUCGGACUCCAUCAACACGUGUUACUUCUCGUCACCAUUCCCUGGUCUGGCGAGUCUCGCUCUCUUAUGAAGCAUGUUUCGCUCGUGGUUGCUGAUAAGCCUCACGAGUUUGGCAAUUUAAAACUCAUGUUUAUUCAUAGAAACACAGAGAAGAUGCUAGCAGAUUCCAUAGGUGCUACUGCUACUGAUGAAAUAACAGUAAUUUAUUUCCAUUAUUCUGUAUCUUACAAGUACAGAGGAAGGCUUAGAGCAAAUAAUAUAUUGUCUUCAUUGUAUCAUUAUAUGUCCCUUGCGCCUGAGGAGGUUCCCCUUAAAGCCCUCAACACUCCUCAAGAUUUCACAACAUUCCUUGAUUCAACUGAUGAGGCUCUAGUUCUUGUUGACUUUUGUGGAUGGACUCCAAAGUUGCUUGCCGAAAAUAAGAUGAAAAAUGGAACGGUUAAUGGUUUCAGCAUGCACGGCGAUCACCUUGGAAUGGGCUUAAGUGGAGGUAAUUAUAGAAUAUCAGUAUCAAGGGAGAAGACUAACCAGAAGGUGGCUGAGGAUGACAUGUGCAAGGCUGAACUCAGCUUUGAUAAAGGGUUUUGUGAAGCUCCUUGGCUUGGGGAGUUUACCUCAGUAAAAGGUGGUCCUUUGGAAGGCUCCAAGGAUAGGAAUCGUCAUGUUCUUAAUUCCUGUUCAUUUGAAGAAUUUGAGCGUUUCCAUUCUUUCUACUUGAAAUUCAUGACUGCUGUGAAAGAAUUCUUUCUGCCUCUGGAACGACAUAGAUUUGGACUGGUUUCAGAUAGGUCGAUGCUUUCAUCCUUAGGUGUUGGUGAUUCUGGUUCAUGGUUUGCGGUUCACUACCUUGCUGGAUGCUCAAGUUGUUCAAAAAUUCUUAAAGAAGAGGACGACUUGAAGUAUGUUUUGCAGAUGAAUAAUUAUAUUGUCAAAGAGCUGGAAGCUGAUGGACAUGAUCAAGAGCCCAUUCUACCAGCAAAUAAGCCAUCAGUACUUCUAUUUGUUGAUCGAACAUCUGACUCCUCAGAAACUAGGGGGAAAAGUAAGGAAGCUCUUAAAGAUUUUAGAGUAUUGGCACAACACUAUCAUGUUGUGAACCAAACAGGUAAGAAGAAUACUGAUAAUCACGAGAAAGUUUCCAUCCGAUAUUAUCAUAGUGUUAAGAGUACAUCUGAGCUUCCUAGGCUAAAGCUGCCUGUGACUGCACAGAAGAUUAAACUAAAGGACAAGAUGUCGUCCAUCGUGAUAAUAAAUGAGGGUAAGCAAAUUAGUUUGGAAAAUGUAGCUUCUGAUUUACAAGUGAGUUCUUUGAAUGAGAUCUUGGGUUACCUUCUCCAGCAAAAGAAGGAUGGGAAACUAAGCUCCCUUGCAAAGGAUUUAGGUUUCCAACUUUUAUCUGAUGAUAUAGACAUCAGGUCAGCUAAUUCACAACAAUCACAUUCAGAAGUUCAGCUAAAUCAAAUUUCGACAGAAACUUCUCAAGAAGGCCAUACAGAUACUGUGAUGCUGGAUGGGGAUCCAUAUAGAUCUGCUGGAGGGCCUGAGGAAAAUCCCAAAUUGACCGAUCCAUCUAUUCAGCAUGAUGAAGUGAAGAGACCUUCUGUUGUAACAAAUGAAGAGAUAAAAUAUGUGCAAUCUGAAGAAUCCAUCACAGAUCAUGAACUUUCUACUGCUGAAAUCAUUGAAUCGGAAACAGAUGAUUCUUCAGACGGAAAUGAGUACGGGGGAGAACAGGCUCAGUUUCUCGGUUUCAAUGGUUCCUUUUUCUAUUCUGAUGGUAAUUACCAAUUACUUAAAAGACUAACUGGUGGAUGUAGAAUUCCAUCUUUGGUUAUAGUUGAUCCCUUUCAGCAGCAGCAUUAUGUUUACCCUGAAGAGAAAAGUUUCGACUUUUCUUCACUGUAUGGUUUUUUUUCUGAGUUUCUUAAUGGAACCCUGCUUCCAUAUAAGAGGUCAGAACAUCUUCUUCAAAGCCAAAGGGAGGCCACUCAUCCUCCAUUUGUUAAUUUGGAUUUUCAUGAGGUGGAUUCUAUACCUCGAAUCACGACUCAUACUUUCUCUGAACUUGUUGGUUUCAACCUAUCUAACAAAGAAAGCACUUCUAAUGCAUGGAAUAAAGAUGUCUUGGUCUUGUUUAGCAACAGUUGGUGUGCAUUCUGCCAGAGAAUGGAAGUUGUUGUUCGCGAAGUAUAUCGAGCCAUCAAGAGCUAUAUGGAUAUUUUAAAGAGGGGGUCUCAGAAUGUGAAGGGUAUUUCUGAUCUUGAAAAUUUGGAUUAUGUUUCGAUGAAGCUUCCGGCAAUCUACUUACUGGAUUGUACAUUGAAUGACUGUGAUUUUAUACUGAAGUCAGUAGAUCAGAGGGAAGUUUAUCCUGCUCUGGUUUUAUUUCCAGCAGAAAAGAAGAAACCUCUUCUUUAUGAAGGAGAUGCAGCUGUAAUUGAUGUUAUGAAGUUUGUGGCUGAGCAUGGAAGUAACUUUCAUGAUCUUAUCAAAGAGAAAGUAGCAGUUCUGUGGCUAUCUGAAAGAGUAGUCAGGAGUCAGAACUUAUAUGAUACUUUGCAAACUGGCAUCCAUGAGGAAUCGCUUCAUACACGCAACAAAUUUCAUGGAAGCCCAGUUCAAGAAAUGAUGCUGGACCAAGUGGUCAAACCUAACCUGAUGAAUUCACCUGUAUCAAGUGGACUGCAUGAAACAUCACCUCACGUGGUGAUUGGUUCAGUGCUAAUUGCCACAGAAAAGCUUUCGGGGACUCAACCAUUUGAUGGAUCAAAGAUUCUCAUUGUGGCAGCUGAUCAAAUAACUGGAUUUCAAGGUCUUAUGAUUAACAAGCAUAUGCAAUGGAGUUCCCUGCCUAAAUUGGAAGAAGGCUUUGAAAAAUUAACAGAGGCUCCUUUGUCCCUUGGGGGUCCAGUUGUGAAAACUGGAAUGCCUCUUUUAUCCUUAACUAGAACAGUUUCCAUAAAUUAUUUACCUGAAAUACUACCUGGAAUUUACUUCCUUGAUCAUGUAGCGACAAUUCGUAAAAUUAAGCAGCUGAUAUCAGAAAAUCAACCAGCCGGUGAUUACUGGUUUUUCUUGGGGUACUCAAGUUGGGGAUGGAACCAGUUAUAUGAUGAGAUGGCGGAAGGUGCUUGGACCUUGAGUGAGGAUGUAAGACAUUUAGAUUGGCCUUGAUUACCAUUUAUUCACCAUCUUUACUGUACUAAUAACUUUUCUGAUUUCCUUGUCAGUUAUAGAAAUAAUUUACAAAGCAUAUAUAGUAGAAAAAAACACCCAGCAUACUUGAUUCAUUAAAAAGCUUGAAGACGCAGAAGGUUAAGCUCAGUUUGGCUUUGAGAUAUGGUACUUGGAUGGGUUUUGAAGUUGUACGCUCAUUUCCUGAUUCCGUGUCUGCCUGACGUACCAUUCAUCCUUGUUAGCAUCUAAUGAAAUUAUAAAAGGGAAAAGUAGCUAACAUGGUAUAGAACUUCCAUUAAGUUGUGAUCUAUGAAACACAGUUUAUCAAGAUGCAAUGCGCGGGAGCAUAUUAAGUGUUAGUCUCGGGGAAUUCAUGCAAUUCUUCACUUAACUAUUG